AUUUUUCUAUACUUCUCCAAAGAUUUUUUUCAUAAUGACGUUCUUGCUCUACCUUGUUAUGUUCUUUCUCCUCUUAAACGCUUCCGCAAUUGCACAAUCUUUGAUCCGAGAUUCUUGCAAGAAAGCUGCAGAUCAAAACCUAAAGAUUCAUUACAAUUUCUGCGUCAAGUCUCUCGAAGAGAAUCGGCUGAGCAAAACUGCACGUAGUCUUGACAGGUUGGUCAUGUCAUCCACGAAAAACGCAGUGUCAAAAACAACAAGCAUGAAAGGAAUUGUGGACAAGAUUCUCAAAGAGAAUAGAUAUGAAAAGUACAGUGAGAAACCAUUACGCGAUUGCCUCGAGCUUUAUUCGGAUGCUACAAAUUCCUUAACCGAAGCUAUAACGAUCAUUAAAUCGCGUGAUUAUAAAUCCGCUAACGUGGUUAUAAGUGCCGCAGUGGAUUCUUGCAAGAAAGCUUUCGCGAAAGACCCACAGUUGACAUACGAGUUCUGCGUCAAGUCUCUUACAGAAGAUCCACAAAGCAAAGCCGCGACUACUCUCGAAGGUCUGGUCCUAGCAUCGACCAACAACGCUAUGGCAAAAUUCACGAACAUGAAAGGAGUCGUUCAACAAGAUAUCAAGGACAAGAGAUAUGCUGAUAUUGUGGGAGUGUUACGCUUAUGCCUCGGGUUUUAUGACGAUGCUAAUGAUGAUUUAAAAACUGCUUUAGCGAACGUUAAAUCGCAUGAUUUUGAAGGCGCUAACAUUAAUCUGAGUGCCGCUUUGGAUGUAUCGGGCAAUUGCGAGGAUGCAUUCAAGGAAGACAAAAAGAAGUCUCCGAUUACUACCGAGAAUGAUAUUUUGUAUAAGAAGGUUUUGAUUCCUUUGGCUUUUACUAAUAUGUUGUGAUAAAUUUUCAAAGUGUUUCAUAAAACAUCGAUUACUGUUUACUAUAGAAAGUUGAGGGCAAAGAAACUUUAUCUUAAUUGAUGGAAAUAAAAUUUCCCUUUACAU